CCUAAAGACAACAUAAAAAAAUGCAGGUCUAAUAUUUUACGAUAAGGAACAAAACUUCCAAUUUUUACGAAAUUAUGAGAACCACUAUAUCGUUUUGCUAUGGAAUGGCUGUAUAUGUAUUGCAAAAUGUUAUUGCUACAGGAGCCAUUACAUUUCCCUUUUCUUCAUCUCAAAAAUCAAACUUUCAUUCUCAAUGUGAUUCGCAUAUUUUCAUUUACCUGACCCAAACACACCACGCCAGUUUCACAUAAGAGCGCUUACAAAUUAGUUGAUUCCACAUCGUUAAGAAUACAAAAGGAUCAUUUUCUACACUUGAGUGUAAUAAGAGCAAGAAUCAUCCUCAAUGCUACCGUCGUUGCCGGCUGACGACUGGCACGAUAGCAAACGGAGCGGACUCAGUCGUUGAGAUCGAUCCGACGCGACAAUGCCGACACAUUUCGUGGGACCUAUGUUGCUUGUCACAGUCCUGGUCAGCAUCGUACCGCAGGAGCUACUGGCGCGCAAUCUGACCUGUACCAAAAAACCGGAAGCCUUCUGGCAGGAUGAGCCGGACACAUGGUGCGUGAUCGAGGAUAUCGAUCUGGAGGAAUCCUCCGAGGAUAUCAACUUCCCGGAGGUACCGAAGAUCUAUCUGAGGAAUUUCAACGUUUCCUACCUGUCGCCGACUCUGCUGUUUAAGAUGAAAAGUGUUCAACAUCUAACCGUGGAACACUGUUCGAUGACAAAGUUGUUUAUGAAACCGACCCUGAGUAGUAUGGAGAUUAAGAAUAGUAACAUAUCGGAGGUGAUCAUCGACAAGGACAGCAAUUAUGAGCUGCUGAAUUUCAGCUUGGAAGGGAUCUACCGGAAGACGUUUCCGAAUAAUUUCAUAAGGUUGGUGCAUUUGGAGGAGCUAUUCGUGAAACACAACGACCUUGUCACGUUCAACAUGAGGCAGCUGAAUGGUUUGAUAAAUCUUAAAACAUUGGAUUUGAGCUAUGACCGAGUGGAGCAGGUGAUCAUUCCGGAGGCGUUGAAUCUUCCAAACUUGAAAGAGAUGUGUUUGGCAGAGAAUAAUUUGCAAAAGCUACCCAUGAAUAUACGUCGAUUGAAGACGCUGGAGAGUUUGAAUUUGCAUUCCAAUCAAAUCGCUUUCCUGGAGAUGAGUCACUUUAACGGGUUAAACAAUUUGAAGAAGCUGGUUCUGAGUGGUAAUAAGCUGCAGAUCAGUACCAUGGAGCCGGUCCACCUGCCUAGUUUGGAAAAGUUGGAGAUGAUUGGGUGUGGUUUGAAGGAGUUGGAUAUGCUAUACUGGAAGCUGCCGGCUUUGAGAUAUUUUAACGUGUAUGAUAAUAGCUUAGUGGCCAUCAUCAAUUUUCCGGAAAGUUUCACAAAAGAGUUGGUAUUCGUUCCGGUGGGAAACCGUUGGAGUUGCCUGAAAUUGGAGGCCAUCAGCAGCAAAGUGACGAUCAAGGUGAAGGAACGGGAUCAUUACUGCGAACAUAAGGUGGUGGAUAUUUGCUGCAACGGAGGCAAUAUUGACUUCAAUUUGGUCGAUACGUUGGACAGAAAGGUGCAGAUGCUGAAGUUUCAAAAUUCGAUUCUCUACGAAAAGUUGGAAGCAACUAACGAAAAGCUGGAGAAGGUAAUUGGCGUUGUAGAUCAACGGGUCCUCAAAAAGUGAUCAAGAAGAAGAAGAAGAAGCAACUGUGAAAAAUGAAGAGCUUACGAUUGUAUGAAUUUAUUUGCGAAAAAUAUAAUGUUGCAGUUUGCGAAAUCGAUGCUACGCUGGA